AUGGAUGAUUCCAAGGUUACGAUACCUUUCCCAGCUUCAACAAGGCAGGUUGUCGGUGAAGUCAAUGGAGUCAAGACCGAUGUCAUGUCGAUUUCGUUUGCAGACAAAAUUAUGAUCACAGUCACGCAAGAUGGCAGAUUGGCCCAAUGGAUCACUGUCCCCCUGCUGAGUGAUAAUCCAACACAAUCAGAUCCAUAUUUUCAGACCAUUCAGUCUGAAGAUGCCCUUGUCCCAUCAGCCCGCUUCCAGCCGCGGACACUUCUUGGAGCUGGGGGGUCAGACCGUGAGACUAUGGGUCAGCUGUAUGCCUCACAGAUUGCCACUGCAAUUGCGACCAAAUCCCCAGAAGAGUCCCGUUCGCUCAUGUUGGGACUUGGACUAGCCAAAGCUGAAAUGGACCGAGACGUCUUUCUGCAAAUCAUCGAUCUUGUUCUAAAAGUGCUCUGA